AUGGGCCUCAUAUAUAAUACUUAUCUCAACUCGAACAAAAUUUAUGGUUGUAAGGAAUGCAAGACUCAUCUCGGCAACCCUGAAGAUAUCAUAAGUCGGAAUUUCCGCGGUCAGCAUGGCAAAGCCUAUCUAUUUUCUCAGGUAGUCAAUAUAAAUGCUGGCGAGCCUUCAGAACGCAAUAUGACCACAGGGCGUCAUGUUGUACGCGACAUCAACUGUCGUCAGUGUGGCGGUUGCGUUGGCUGGAAAUACGACAAAGCCUAUGAAAGUAGUGAGAAGUAUAAAGAGGGUAGAUUCAUUCUAGAGGCCGAGUUAUUAUGUAAUAUAACUUAA